UUUAUAGAAAACAGAAAAAAUAAAUAAAUAUGUUUCGUCUUCAAAAUUGUUCAUAGCUGUUGGAAAAAUUGUUACUUUAUAUAUCUGGUUGCCGCUCUGUCUCUACAACUCCCACCCAUCUUUUCAAUAUAUCCAAGAAUUUCUUUGUUUAAAAAAGAUAAAAGAAGAAAAGACGGUGAAGAUAUUUGGAAAAGCCAUUCUUUCUCUCAUUAGGGUUUCUGAAAUACUCACCUGUUCACUUGUCCUAUUCGUUUUCUUCUGAAUCCCCAGUCCAUUGGACCUAAGUAGCGUCGUUUUUCCGUCUGGUUCAGAUUAUCUAGGAGUUCGGGCUUUUGAUCUGUGAAUUUUCAUAUGUGUUUGAGUGAAUCGGACUUUUCUAGCCCUAGAGUUUGAAAAUGAUGUGUGAAGUGGUGGCAAUUGACGGCGGAGAUAACCCAAGUGGCCGGAAAUCCAACGACCAAGAUCGAGUGAGGAAGACCCAGAAGCGAAAGAGGGCUAGCUUGAGCCCAGAAUAUUUGGGACUUGAGGCAAAAGAGGUUCAGAUUGGAUCUUUUCGCAAACAACUUGAUGGGUUGUUUGGUUUCUACAAGGAAGUGAUGGGUCAGAGAGUCGAUUUGGAUGUGAAGCAAUGUGGUAACAAUAUGAAUUCGGUCAUUGGGGCUUUGAUCGAAGAGAGUGGGCUGCCAUUGUCGAAGCUUGUUGAGGAGGUUUUCGAGAAGGUCAAUAACGGAAAUGAGGCUUUUGGCAAUGUGACUUUGGCCUAUGUGAAGAGCAUUGUGCUCUUUGUUGGACAAAGAGUGAUGUACGGUGUGCCGAAUGUUGAUGCUGAUGUGUUGGAGGACGAGUCCGAGUCGUGUCUUUGGUGUUGGGAGACAAGGGAUGUAAAGUUGAUGCCAGCACCUGUGCGCGGAGUGUUGAAUAUUAGGCGCACUUGUCGAAGAAAGAUCCAUGAGAGGAUUACUGCGGUUUCUGCAAUGGCAAUGGCAUUACAAAAGCCAGAGAGCGAUCAAAAUUACAUACAUGACCUGAUGAAGGCAUCCGAACAGCUUGAUAAAGCGCUGUGCGAGGCAAAGAUCCGCUCAUUAAUGGAUCGCUUAUCAGUGAAAAAUGGUGCAGACAUUGCAAAGAAAGAGGCUAAAAGAGAAGAAAAAUUAUUAAUCAAACAAAUGGAGAGAGAUAAACGAGUGUCUGAGAAAGAGAAAAAAAGAUUGGAUCGUGAACGUCAAAAGGAAGAAUGGUUAAGUGAGAAGGAGCUAAAGCGGCUUCAAGGAGAGUCAGAAAAAGAUGAAAAGCGUCGUGAAAAAGAAGAGUCUGAAAUGAGGAAACUGCAGAGGAAGCAGCAAGAAGAUGCUGAAAAAGAACAACGCCGUCGAGAAAAAGAAGAAGCUGAGUUGAAAAAGCAACUAUCCAUAAAAAAGCAAGCUUCAAUCAUGGAACGUUUUGUCAAAAGAAACAAAAUCAUCGUGGCAUGCCAGAGUGACCAAUUUCCAACUAAAGCAACUAUGUCUGAUUUGUUGAGUAAAAACAGUGAAAAUAUGCAUGAGGUAGUCACCCAGUCAAUGGAUCAUACUCUUUCAUCUAAUGAGGAGAUUGUUGCUGAGGAUAUCCGCAGGUUGCACAUGUCUUCCUGGCGCCACUUAGGCCAUUCUAUUCGGUCAAACAGAAACCAACACUGGGGCAUACGGCAGAAGCCUAAGACUGAACUAUUUAAGGAACUUAAGCUCACAACCAGUAAAGGACUAGUUCGUGGUGAUGAUUUAAGUACAGAGAAACUUGUAGAUAGAUGGAGAGAACAUGUUUCCGAUGAUAAAUCAUGUCAGGCUAAUACAGAUUUUUCUCUUACUGAUGUUAAAAAGUACAAACGGGGAAAGCAGUUGCUACAAUUUGAUAAGAGCUGUAGACCUGCAUUCUAUGGUAUAUGGCCUAAGAAAAGUCAUGUUGUUCGACCCUGUCACCCUUUUAGGAAGGACCCGGACUUGGAUUAUGAUGUGGAUAGCGAUGAGGAGUGGGAAGAGGAGGAUCCUGGUGAAAGCCUGUCUGAUUGUGAUAAAGACGAUGAAGAGGAAAGCUUAGAAGAGGGGUGUUCAAAAGCUGAUGAUGAAGAUGAAAGUGAAGAUGGCUUUUUUGUACCUGAUGGAUAUCUCUCAGAAAACGAGGGAGUACAAGUUGACAGGAUGGAAACUGAUAUAACAUAUGAGGAGACCAGAAUCUCACCUAGUUUUACGCAAGAUUUAGAGAGCGAGAAAUUCUCUAUUUUGCUUCGACAGCAAAAAUAUUUAGGAAAUUUGACUGAACGCUCUCUUCAGAAAAAUCAGCCUUUAAUUAUAUCAAAUUUGAUGCAUGAGAAGGUCUCUUUGCUAACAGCUGAAGAUCUUAAUGGUAUUCUUAAGCUCGAACAGAUGUGCUUGCAAGCUCUUAGUAUGCACGUAUUUCCUGGCAGUUCACCUGUGGAGAUAUCAGUUGAUGGCUUACCAGAAGAAGACCAAGAAGUUUGCCUUUCAAAUGGCACGCCCUGUGUUAAAUCAAUUUCCUCUGUGACUGUUAUACCAGAAUCGGAUUUGCCUACAAUAGUGUCUGCCAUUCAGUCAUGCUCACAGGGCAUCAAUAAAGUGUUACAAACUUUGCAGAAAAAGUUCCCAGAUAUGUCGAAGUCUCAGUUAAGGAAUAAAGUGCGUGAGAUAUCAGAUUUUGCAGAUAACCGUUGGCAGGUGAAGAAAGAAAUUUUGGACAAAGUUGGCUUGUCAAUAUCUCCUGAAAAGAGAGCUGGGCAGACCAAGAGUAUUGCUGCAUUUUUCUCGAAAAGGUGCUUGCCGCCUACUGGUAAAUGUUUCAAUCCUAAUGAAAAGUCACCUCAGCCAGCUGUGAAGCCAGGUUGUUUUGGACAAGGGCAGCAGAGUUGCACAUAUGAACGCCCGUAGGUUGCUGUUUCGUUUUGUUUUUUCUUUUUGUAAUAUAUGGAAUGGAUUUAUGGGCUGUUUUUUCGGUCAAUAGCAUAGCAUGUAUCGGCUGCAGAUACCCAGAUUGUCCCAAUCCAAAUCCCAUAGAGGUUUGGUGUAAACUCUCUUUUUUUGUUUCAGAAAGUAAAACAGAUUCAAUAGGCUAGGAAUUUCUACU